AUGUACGGGAAACCGAAACAAGAGCAAAGAGCUUCCCUCGUACAAUAUGACCUUCACCUCUCUUCCUCCGCCUACACAACGCAGUGGCCACCCUGUGUUCGCUGCCCGCCCGCCGCCUCUUGCCACCCGAUGGCCGGCGACGACGACGACCCCGACCGCCACCAGCUGGCAUCGUUUCAGCGGUACCUACGCCGUGCUCGCAAGAUCCUGUGCAUCGUCGGUUCGGGCGUCUCUGCGUCCUCUGGCAUCUCUACCUACCAGCUGCAGCGCGGGCUAUGGCAGGGCUACCCUGCGCUGGACGUGGCAACGCCAGAGGCGUUCCACGUCAACCCGGGGCUCGUAUGGAUGUUCUACUCUGACCGGCGGCGCGAGGCGCUCCGCGCCCGGCCCAACGCAUGCCACUACGCUCUGGCGGAGCUCUGCCGGCGGCUGCCCCGUGCGGCCUCUGGCGCAACCCCGCACACAGCCCCAGGGGCAGCCCCUGGGGCUGCCCCUGGGGCUGCCGGCGGCUCAGCCGGCGGCUGCCCGCCCCAGGAAGGGCCCGUGGCACUUGUCGUGUCCCAGAACGUCGACGGGCUCCACGAGCGGGCGGGCCAUCCGCCCGAGUCGCUCGUCGAGCUGCACGGCAGCGUCUUCGACCUGCGGUGCACGCAAUUCUUCUGCAGCUACCGCGGACGCAACACGCGUGACCAAUGGCUGACCCCGGCGCUAAGGGAAUCUACCCCGCACGUCCCGUAUGCCCCGCAGCGCGCUGCGGGGCGGAAGCGCCGAGCCGCCGAGCCUGCCGAUGCGGAGGCCUCGGACCGCCGGAAGCGACGAACCGGCGGCGCCGCGGGGCCCGAGCCGUCGGCGGCAGCGUCAGCGGCAGAGUCGUCUGCGUCGUCGCUAGACGACGCAGACGACGCCGGCAACGGCAACUCCGAAGCCCGGCCGUUGCCGUUCCUUCUACCCGCGGGGCUGCCGCAAUGUCCGCAAUGCCACCAAGGUCUUCUGCGGCCGGGCGUCGUUUGGGCGGGCGAGGCCCUGCCGCUCGCGCAAAUGGACACUGUCGAUGACUAUUUCAAGUCCGGCCCGCCCGUCGACCUAGUGCUCGUUGUAGGCACCUCGGGCAAAGUGUGGCCCGCAAUGGGUUACGUGGAGCGCGCCAAGAAGUGUGGCGGCAAAGUGGCGAUCUUCAAUCUCACAGUCGAGGACCUCGAGCAGGUGCGCAAAAGCAAAGAUGUGUGGGGGUUCCAGGGCGACGCGGCUACGUGGCUGCCGCUUGCAUUGAAGCCCAUCAUAGGCGAGCACUACCGGCCCCGCGACUGGUUCCGGCGGUGA